GUGUUUAAUGAGAUAAAUACUGUGUAAUAAUCUGUGAACUAGCAUAAUAAUGUAUAUUAGUAUCAAGAAARGAAUUCACGAUGAAAGAAGAUACAAGAUGUAAUGAUGGCAAACUGUAGUUUGAAUUGCAUGGCUUGAAUUUUGAAACCACAACAAGAGACCUAACGUUUUUAAAGAACUCAAGAUAACUUGGGUGUACGUUCUUCUUAUUGCUAAAGCUGAGAUCUCUUCAAAUGAUUUGGAUAGAGAUAAAUCUUUUGUCUCUUCUCCUCUGUUGCCAACCAGUUCUGGCCCUCGAAUGUUACUACUGUCACUCGUACUAUUCCUGGCAGGACUGUGACAAACACCUACAGCCUGACAACUGCUCAUCAGAACUGAACACGUGCUACACAUCACACCGGGUACAAACCUAUUCAAGUGGUAGACAAGUCCAUGAGUUCUUGAGAAGCUGUUUUCACACGGAGUCUUGUACCUCAGAAGAAUGCAAUGCGGUUGAAGACGAUCGCGUUACCGGAAGCUGGUGUGAAUUCGAAUGCUGUAACACAACGUUUUGUAAUCAUGUUGUCACGCAAUGGGCGAAAAAACGAGGCUAUGUCAUGAUGGAACUGGCAAGUGACGGACGCARUGGCAUGACAUCUGCAGUAGCCAAUCAGUGGAGUCUAUUGAGUUCAAUGUUAUUCUGGAUGCUUAUGCACUAAAUAACGUGACGGACGUAAUGGCGUGACAUUUGCAAGACUCAAUCAUUAGUGCUUUACUAAGCUUUUAAGUUGUGACGUAUUUCCGGGUCCAACUGGGAAUCCGAAACCAGACUUUUGAUUUUAUU